CGAGUUGCUCCACUCGCAUUGCUGUUGACUCGACCAUGCAUUUGAGGUAGCAUAACAUUCCUAGCAUAACAACAUGGAACAAUCAGUAUGGGCAGACUCGAAGGUGGCAGAAAAUGACGCACAGGAAUCGACAAGCGCUUUCGCGCAGACUGGUUCACAGCAGGAUGACCUAUUCGACGAUGUCGUUCCCGUUCCCGAGCAGGAAUCAAUGCGAUUGCGAUCAGACGACGACCUGUUCAGCGAAGACUUCACACCUGUGCCACAGGCUCAAGUAGAGCCAGCGAAACCAUCGCCGCCUGAUGCGCGUCCUACCGAAGCUCCAGCAACGCGAGGCAGAGGACGGGGAAGAGGUCGAGGCUCUCGCGAGGGCAAAGAUGGGCAGACGAGGAAUACGCCACAAACACGCGGGAGAGACAAUACUGGUCCCAGGGCGAGACGUACCGACGAUGCGGGUACAAGCAGCACCACGUCACAGCCGCAGACACAAACACAAAACCAAGCGCCAGAGAACGCACCUGCCGGACCACGGCGAGGUGGCGCUCGCGCUGUUCGUGGUGACCGGCAGGACACAGGUGGUGUCCGCAGACCCAAAUUGACCGAGGAAGAACUGGCAGAGAAGAUGGCUCGCAUCCAAAUCAAGAAUGCAUCAUUAACUGCAGCACAUGCUCGAGCAGAGGCCGACGCAGCAUCGUUCGCCGAGCGCGAACAACAAGCAAAGAAAGUGGCCGAGGAGCGAAGAAGUCAGGAAAAACGAGAUCGUCAACAAAUGAUGGGCGAGCGAGAGAAAAAUCGAAUGCGGAAGCUCAAAGCGAUGGAGGGUAGAGAAUGGGACGCAGAGAAGCAAGAGCAAGACUUUGCUAAAGGCUCGAAAUUCGAUAAGCCCGGUGCGUUUGCUGGCGAUCAGAAGGAUUAUAGUGAUGGGCGAGAAUAUUUGUACCGAGAACCUCGGGGCUCACAUAGAGGCGGACGUGGUGGAAAUCGUUCACAACCUGCGACACAAACGGUUCCGACCAAGGAGGAGUUCCCUGCUCUGGCGCCUCAAAAGGAUACGAAAACAGCAGCAUCGAAGGGGGAUGUAACGUCGGCGGCCGGCGAAGCGACAAAAGGUUCAUGGGCUGAGCAAGUAGAGUCCUCUAUAGGGUCAUGAUGUGACAUUGUCAUUUGCAUGAACAAAAAGCAUUCGUAUUGCGCC